CUCAUCACAGACUCUCCUCAACACUCGAUCCUCGCUGUCACUGAAAGAAGAUAAUCAGGAAGUGCUGGAAAAAAUUGUUGGACAAGUAAAUAAGAUCGUAGUUUUUCUAAUAAAUAUAUUUUCUGUUUAAUGUUUGGUUGUCAUGGAGAUCCCUGAACCCGGUCAGGCUGACGGAGAGGAGCGGAUGGUUGACCUGAGACCCAGGACCCGAUCCAACCCGGAGGGUGCUGAGGACCGGCGCAGCAGCAAUGGCAGCUUGAGCAACGUUCUGCCAUCCCCUCCACAGCCGGCUGUGGGCAGUCGGGUAGAAGGGGAGGGAGAAGCGGCCAGCUCUGAUAGCCCCCCGACUACUGCCCCUACAAUCACAGCUGCUGCACCUGCUCCCGUUGCUGCGGCUUCAAACCCAGCGAGCGGCAUGUCAGCGAUGGCAUCCGGGACGAAAGAAAGACCUAAACCCCCGCAGCCCUCCUCCCUGUCCACCCAGAUCCCUCCGUCUGCAGAGUUACACCUGCGUGCACCACGGGUCAACUGCCCGGAGAAAGUGAUAAUUUGUUUGGACCUCUCAGAGGAGAUGUCGCUUCAAAAACUAGAGUCCUUUAAUGGGUCCAAGACAAACGCUUUAAAUAUUUCCCAGAAGAUGGUCGAGAUGUUUGUAAGAACUAAACACAAGAUAGACAAAAGGCACGAGUUCGCUCUGGUGGUGGUGAAUGAUGAUGCCAUGUGGUUAUCGGGGUUCACCUCUGACCCGCGUGAGCUGUGCAGCUGCCUGUACGACCUAGAAACCAAUGUCUGCGAGUCUUUCAACCUGGAAGAUCUCCUUAAUGUAAUUUUGCAGAAACUUGAACUUCCUCAGAUGGAGAACGUUCAGACCAUUCCGCCUCCCUUUGUAGUCCGAACUCUCCUUAUUUUUAGCCGACAUGCAGGAAUGCUUCAGUUUAACCCCUCUGAUGCCAUCAAAAAAAUGCUGCAGUCUCCUUAUUUUUUCUUUGAUCUUGUUUAUCUUCAUAAUGGGACUGAAGAGCAGACAGAAGACACUAGCUGGAAGGAUGCGUAUGCGUCUUUCAGCGAGUUGGACUCUAAGGGGAUGUGUUAUCAGUUUGAGGUGUCACUGUGUGGUCCUGCCAUCGAGCUGCACAAUUGCAUGGCCAAACUUCUGUGCCAUCCGCUGCAGAGACCCUUCCAGAGCCACGCCUCCUACAGCCUGCUGGAGGACGACGACACGCAGGAGACGGAGGCCACGGUGUGACGUCACCAGUGUUUUGACAUAACAGACCGCUCAAAAAGUACUUGCAACUGGAGUAAUGAACAGACAAUGAAGAAGUGAUCUAUGAACAAGUGCACACGUGCAUUUCUAUACUGGCAAUGUGCUUUUCAUUAGCAUUGUAGCUCAAAACCCUGCUGUGCAAUUGUUGACUAUUACUGUUGUAUUAAGUUCUGUUGUAAUAAUUUUUCAGCAUUCUGCUACUCUAACUAUCUCAUUUCUUGUUAUAUUUUUACCGAUGAGCUUUACCGGUAUGCUUCAUGGACCUGUAACCUAAUGUGCGUAUGGUGAGGGUCAACAGCAUCUUGUAAAUUCUGUUUGUUUGCUCCUGGUAAAUACAUUUUAUGUAAAUUAAUUCUUUAUUAUACUCAACAUUUUGAUGGUUGCAGUCUAACAAGUAUAAAUAGGCAUAAAGCUGCGUGUAAAAAUAAUGGGAUGAGAUAUAAAAAAGCAUUUGAAAUUUGA